AUGGCCAAACCGCCCAUCUCCACAGUGGAACUUGUCAAUGCUGGAAUGUCAGUGGCGGAUCAGCGGCAGCACAUGGAAGAUGGACAUGCUUGGCGCGAAGGUUUGCUAUAUCCUUUGCACUGCGUCUGGCCUAUGGGAUUUUCUUGGUCUUCUUACAUAGCCCAAGAAGAGAUGCUGAGCGUUUGUCAAGAUGCUGGCAUACCAACUUCAUCUCUCUUGGCUUGUGAUUGCGUGACACCUACAUCGUUUGAGCUUGUUGCUGCGGUGGCCACCGAUGAUGUCAUGAUUUUCAGCGACGCUGGCCCUGGUACCACCUGUGAAGCAGCAAGAGCUUUCGAUGCAGCGAUGGAUGCACGAUGCGCAGUCCGAAAUCUUAAGAAGGACGUUGACGACGCGCUCUGUGGUACCUGUGUCGGGGUUGACUUAGUAGACGGAUACUUUCUGGAUGUGCCGGGGGGACGCUACUUGGCCAUGAUUCUGACAUUUCUGCACCUGCACAGAUGCAGGGUGGGCACGCCGCGGCAGGUCCACCAGCUCUUUGGGGUGCUGCAAUGGUUUGACCUCCUGAUCAGGCCAAAGCUAUCCGUUUACAGUGCCAUCUAUGAUUUCACGAUCAGUGACAGUCCUGAUGCUGUACCGCUGCCUGAGCGGGUGUUGGCGGAGCUGGCGUGCAGCCUCUGUCUGGGCAUGUUUUGGCGCUGCGACUUGAGAAGGCGUUUUUUGCCGAUGCUUGGUGCAACAGAUGCCAGCUUAUCCUAUGGUUUGGGGGCAAGCAUUGUGCGUGCCUCGGAAGAAAUGGUCCGAACGGUUGCUCGCUGGGCUGAAAAGCAAGGGGCUUUUGUAGUUAUGGACGGUGAUGCUGCGAAAAGUUUGAGCGCUGAGCGGAUGCUGGAGGCACGGUACCUCAAUUUGAAGCUUGAGCACUUUUCCGACAUCUUCAGUGUUCGCUCCAAAUUUCCUGCACACAUCAACGUCCUGGAAGGUGAGGCAUUCGUGCUUUUCUUGAAGUGGCUUCUGCGGUCCACCAAGCACCACUCGACAAGAGUUGUUGUUCUGCUUGACUCUGCAGUUUUUCUGGGCGCGGCCGCGAAAGGGAGGUCAUCUUCACAGUUGAACAGGCUGUUGCGGAAGGUCGCUUCUCUGGCGAUGGCUGGAAAUCUUCAGCUGCAUUUUAUCUUUGUCCCCUGCAGCGAAAAUCCAGCGGAUUUCCCCUCGCGUGGCAAGAAGAGGCCUUGGGGGCGUCCAGACAUUCCACACUGGAUCGUGACCUUGAGCCCGAUUUCCAUGCAUUUGGAUGCGGAGGUUGGAGAAUUGCUCAAGCCCUUCGAGGUGCACAAGAUGAGCAGGGUGUCUGCAAAGGAGCUGUUCCGCCGGGGCGCCGAAGUGCCGCUGAUCGGAGCGCGGGUCGCGCCGGCGCCUUCCCGUCGGUGCAAAGGCUUGGACUGGGCGGGAGUAGAGCAUCCAGUUUGCCCGGUAUGGCAAGGCGCCUGGGCAGCCGCUGCGGCAGCAACUUGUAGGUGCAUCCUUUUGGACACUCGUCAUCAGCUGCAGCGUGGCCCCAUCCAGUCUCACUUAACGGCACGGAACGGCUGUGCCACGGCCCAGCUGCACCGGCUGUGCCACGCCAUGACGGUCGAGCGACGAGAGCUAAAGGGAACAUCUACAGCGAUGGUGCAAAGCUACCCAGUGAAGGCCCAGAAGCAUGGCGACUGUCAGAUGGUUGAGUCGCUCACCGGCUCUGAACUUCGCAGAAUCAUCCGGGAUCGACUUCCAUCGAAACCUGGAGCAAGAGUCGCUGUGAUGAAAGGAACUCAAAAGCUGUCAUUAUCGAAGGCUUUGGCGCAAGAAGGGCGGCUGGCACAAGGGGAACCAACAACUUUGUCCUACACCUAUGAGGUGGCUAGCUUGCACGAGGCUUGGAGAUGCCUCCAAGGUCACCCUGUGGAAGAUGAGUUGAUGGCUCUUGAGGGGGUACUGCAGCUGCAAGGGCUGGCUAAGGAAACUCCGCUGAGUAGCCUUGUCAACCUCACGUGCCUUGCCUUUGAAGGGUUCGAGCAGAGCCUAGAGGGAGUGGCUUUGCCCAACAGGUGCGAAAACGAAGAGAAGUGGCGUCGCAUUUGGGAGGAAGAACGAGAGCAGAUGCAGAAAGCUGAAGCAGAAGCGAUGGCCAAGAUGGCCCAGCUCCAGAACGCUGAAGGUGGCCACGGUGGUUCUGUCCCACCCAGCCGACCGCUGACCGGUUCAGCGGGCUCGGCCAAAUCUCGUCAGAGUGCGGCAAUCAAAGCGAUGUGA